GAUAUGUAGUUGGACCCAGCAGAAGAAAACAAAAUGUCAGCCCCCAUGAUGGAAGCUGGGAUCUUGUUUGCACAAAAAUCAUCAGUAACAUGUGGUUAUUUGCAGCAGUUAGGUCGAAGUUGGAUAUGCAGAUCAUCUGGAUUAGUUACAACGUGUCGUUCUUUGUAUUUCUCUGCAGUGAAUGCACAACAACAACAAGCAGCUGAGGUCCCUCUGGAAGUGGAGCCUGUGGAGAAAGAGGUUCUUCAACAUGAGGACUUCUUUGAUAUCAAGUCAAUGGUCAACAUGAGAGAUCUCUUCAAAGCUUGCAUCUAUUAUGGACAUAACAUGGGUACAAGAAAUAAUUUCAUGAAACCGUAUCUGUUUGGCACACGACUUGGAGUUGAUAUUAUUGACCUGGAUCAGACUCUGCCUAUGCUCCACUACGCCUUGAACUUCACUGGUCACAUUGCGUACCGAGGCGGUGUCAUUCUGUUCAUCAGCCGCAAUCGCCAGGUGAGUCCGCUCAUCGAGAAGACGGCCAAAGACUGUGGAGAAUAUGCUCACUGUCGGUUCUGGAAAGGCGGUACGUUCACCAAUGCCAAUGUUCAGUUCGGCUCGGUGACACGUCUGCCAGAUCUGUGUAUCUUCAUCAACACCUUAAACAGUGUUUUUCAAACCCACACGGCCAUCAUUGACACAGCCAAAAUGCUGAUACCCACAGUUGGGAUUGUUGAUUCUAACUGUGACCCCAGGCUGAUCACGUAUCCAAUACCUGGAAAUGAUGAUACACCAGCUGCUGUCGAACUAUACUGCAGACUUUUUAAAGAAGUGAUUUUGAAAGCUAAAGCAAAACGAAAAGAAGAUGUGUUAAGUAACACGGACGUGUGACUUUUCUUGAGUUGAACAUAUAUUAUGAUAAAUGGAUUGUGAUUUUUGUUAUAUUACAGAAUACUGUGUGAAAUAUGUUUGGUUUGUUAUUGAGAAAGUUCAGAAUUCUUUCAUAUUCAGGAAAAUAUUGAUAUUUUUCAUGAGUACAGAAAAGGAAAUUAAUAUUUGUAUAAUAAUAUAUGGUGGUUCAUCACUUGGUCAAGAAAAAGUGAGGAAUAAUAGUUUUGGGGACGAGACAUUUUGUAAAUGUUUUCUUGACACGAGUCUUAAGGAAAUCAAUCCUUGGAGACUGUUUUAGCAAGUUAUUGGAAAAAAUAUUAGAUACAAAAGGAGGAGUCCCAGAAUGGGUUUGUUUUUCAAUUAGUCAUGCAAGUUUAGCAUAAUUAUUGUAUACCGGUAAUUCCAAUCUGUAAAUAUUUUUUUGUUAUAAAUGUUUGGAUUUGUCCAGAUGAUAUCACGUGACAAAAAAAAAAGAUGUUCAUAACAUGACAACUGCAUGAAUCUCAAUUUUACACUACUUUGGCCACGCUAAACAAAAUAAAUAGAUUGUUUGAGCUAAUUGUUUUAUUGUUUAAAAUUAAUUUUAAAAACCCCAAACAACAACCUGCAUACAUAUUUUUAAAAAGUUGUCUUGAAAUGUUAGGAAUUCUCUCAUUAGGCAACUGACGGGACAAGCCAAACUGUAGAAUUGAGAUUCCCAUUGUGCUGUGUAUAAAUUUCCUCAAAAAAAAAGAAAAAAGAAUUUGGUUGUUAUUCUGUGGUUCAUACUUUUAAAUGAAAAUGACUACAUCUUAUUUUUUUGUAACGUGACAGCAGUUAGCAAAUGAUGUCCGGCACAUGGACAAGACCACUUAGAUCAAUAAAAAGGGUGGAUUAUCA